UAGAAUUGUGAGGACCUGCAGUCAGCUUGGUUUGGAGACACUGUCACCAUAUCAGGAGAAGCUCCUGAAUCUGAGCAGAAUCCAAGAGCAAGAACAGAUGGGGUGCCACAAAGCCAUUGCUUUCUCACAGGAGAGGAGAGGCCUUCACACGGCUUACAAUCAGAAACUGAAGGUGGAUGAAGCGGCUGGUUCUGGGCCACAGAGGAUGGAUGUGUGUGCUCAGGAGAUCUGGCUGGACAAGGCGGAGGUGUGCCUCAGCAUGGGGCUCUGUCAGCCAGCCAGGCAGCUCCUGGCAGAGACGCACCGUGUGGCUGUGGAGCUUGGAGACAAGAAAGCAGUGGCUAGGAGUCUGCUCAGUCUGGCUGUUCUGGCGUGUGAAGAGCAGAACUACGCCCAGGCUCCGAUCCUGCUGGACAAAGCCCGGGCCCUGGGGGGGGUGGAGGAAUUCUGGUACCAGCUCACCCUCACCACGGUCAGAGCUGUAGUAGGCCAGAGAGACCCAGACGCACACAUCAAGGUUGAUCAGAUUAUAAAACACAGCUGUGGAGCUCUGAAGCGGGUUCUGGAGCAGCGGGUGAACCGAGUACCAGAAAUCUCUUUCUUCAUCACUUCGUUAGAGAUGAGAGGUGCCAUUGAAUGUGUACGUGCCCUUGGUGGUGACCCUGGAGAGACCCUCAGCAGCAGUGAGACCACCCAGAGGCUGAUGUCUGCCUGUGAGACACUCAGAGAGUCUGCCAGUGGCUUCACUAAGCUCGGCUUCAGAGAACACGCUGCAGAGGCACAUGUGGAGUAUGCAACCGGUCAGAGGUGA